ACUCGGUCAGUGAUCCCUGAGAUUCCCGUUAAUAUUCCCACUUUGCUCCUGUUUCGGGGUCUCGCGGGCUCCCCGUGGCCUUUUAACCGCCGCGCGCGUGCGUCCAGUGGGGGAGCCCCUCCAGGAUGGGUGUUGGUGCUGGUGUGGAGCUGCUGGUCCAGAUUCUGGUUCUGUAAUCUGAGGAUUUCAGGCUGAACAGAAGGCGGAGGGAUUUUCUCUUAUUCCAUCCUUCGCGGACUCAUCAGCGGAAUUAAACGCUGGAAUUCUGAUCGGGUUCUGCUCUGAUUGGACCGGGACCCACCGGGCUGAUAGGAGCCCCGCCGGUCCGCUGAGGAUGCUCUCCGGAUUACCAAUCCAGGAACAGUUCAAAGAGCAGGAUUUUAAAAUCUUCAUCCGGAUACUGCUUCUAAAGGAACAGGUUCUAUAGUUAUUAUGUGAACUGGAUUUAAAUUUGGAAAUUUAUAAAAUAUUAGAAAUAAAUAAACCUGUGAGAGACAGACAUCUUAUCUGGAUCAAUAGAAAUUAAAUAUUAUGAUGAAUAAUGUGAAAUACAUAAAUGUAGAAGAAAACCCAGAGGUUCUAGAACCUGAAAUAUUUUAUAUUUUUAUUUAAUGAAUUGCCCAACCAGAGCAGGACACUGUAGAGACUGUUUGUUUUUAUUGCUUUUCUACAAAAUAAAUGGGUUAGAAUCUUUCAGCAGAACUAUCUGAAUAUAAAACUAUGCAAAUUAUGAUAAACACACCUCCAUUGCUGAAAAAAACUAAAGGAACAGCUAAGGGAACUAUGCAGACUGAGGGAAGCAUGUGGAGUUUAGAGAUUCUACAAUUUGAUUGAAAGAAUUUCAUGAACAUCUUUGGCUUGGUGUUUUGCUCCAGUCAAGAAGCCGCAGAAUGGAAAUGAUGGGAGGUGUAGUUGGAUAAAAGCACCCCCAGAGAAGGGACUACAGCUCCCAGCAUCCUCAGCGGCAGUGGGUUCAGACUGACACUCUGAGGUCUUGUUAAACGCAGCUGGAAGCCAACAUGUCGGAUAAAACAGCUCCGCGCUGCCAGCUCCGGUUGGAGUGGAUCCAUGGUUAUCGGGGCCACCAGUGCCGGAACAACCUGUACUACACAGCAGGGAAGGAGGUGGUUUACUUUGUAGCUGGGGUGGGUGUGGUCUAUAACACCCGGGAGCACACCCAGAAGUUCUUCCUGGGUCACAAUGAUGACAUCAUCAGUCUGGCAAUCCACCCUGACAAGAUCCAGGUGGCAACAGGGCAGGUGGGGAAAGACCCGUACAUCUGUGUCUGGGACACCUAUGCCAUGCAGACUGUCUCCAUCCUGAGGGACGUCCACACCCACGGAGUCGCCUGCCUUGCCUUUGACUCAGAUGGACAGCGAUUGGCCUCGGUUGGACUGGAUGCCAAGAACACGGUGUGCAUUUGGGACUGGAGGAGAGGGCGUGUCCUCGCUUUGGCAACUGGACACUCAGACAGAAUCUUUGAUAUCUGCUGGGAUCCUUUCCAGACCAGCCGCCUGGUCAGCUGUGGAGUCAAGCACAUAAAGUUCUGGACUCUGUGUGGAAACGCUCUGACUCCGAAGCGAGGCAUCUUUGGGAAGACGGGUGACCUGCAGACCAUCCUCUGUGUUGCUGCAGCCAAGGAAGAGCUGACCUACUCUGGAGCUCUGAACGGAGAUGUCUAUGUAUGGAAAGGAAUUACAUUGAUCCGGACUGUCCAGGCUGCACAUGGGGCAGGGAUCUUCAGCAUGCAUGCCUGUGAGGAAGGAUUCGCCACUGGAGGACGCGAUGGCUGCAUCAGAUUGUGGGACGUGGACUUCAAACCUAUCACCAAGAUUGACCUAAGAGAGUCCGAGCAGGGUUAUAAAGGACUUUCAAUCCGUAGUGUUUGCUGGAAAGCUGACCGUAUUCUGGCUGGGACUCAGGACAGUGAAAUUUUUGAAGUAAUGGUUCGUGACCGUGACAAGCCACUUUUGUUGAUGCAAGGUCACAGUGAGGGUGAGCUAUGGGCACUAGACUUACACCCCAAGCAACCCGUAGCUGUCACAGGGAGUGACGACCGUUCAGUCAGGCUGUGGAGCCUACCUGAUCACACCCUGCUGGCCCGCUGUAACAUGGAGGAGUCGGUUAGAAGUGUUUCCUUCAACAAUGAUGGCUCUCAGCUUGCUCUAGGUAUGAGGGAUGGUUCAUUUACUGUGCUACGAGUGAGGGACAUGACAGAGGUUGUGCAUAUUAAAGACAGGAAGGAGGUCAUCCAUGAACUGAAGUUCUCUCCAGAUGGUUCUUUCCUGGCGGUGGGCUCUAACGACGGCUUGGUGGACAUCUAUGCUGUUGCUCAGCGUUUCAAGAAGGUGGGUGAGUGUAGCCGCUCAACCUCCUUCAUCACCCACCUAGACUGGUCCGUCGACAGCCGCUUCCUGCAGACCAACGAUGGUGCUGGUGAGAGGCUCUUCUACAGGAUGCCAGCAGGAAAACUUAUUGCUAAAGAAGAAGCAAAGGGGAUCCACUGGAUGACUUGGACUGGCAUCAUUGGGCCUGAAGUGAAUGGAAUUUGGCCAAAAUACUCCAAUGUAACCAACAUUAAUUCAGUGCAUGCCAACUACAGCAGUGCUGUGCUGGUAACCGGAGAUGAUCUGGGUCUUCUCAAGCUCUUCAGGUUUCCCUGCCUGAAGAAAGGAGCCAAAUUCAAGAAGUACAUCGGACACUCUGCCCAUGUGACCAAUGUUCGCUGGUCCAAUGACCUCCAGUGGGUCAUCAGCACUGGCGGGGCUGACCAUGCUGUCUUCCAGUGGAGGUUCCUUCCUGAGGGUGUCAUGAACGGUGUUCUGGAGCCUCUUCUUCAAGAAGGGUAUGCAGACUCCAACAGCGGUGAGUCGGACUCUGACGUAUCAGAUGUUCCAGAACUCGAUUCCGACAUCGAACAGGAAGCUCAAACCAACUAUGAGCGCCAGGUGUAUAAAGAGGAUCUCCCACAGCUUAAGAAGAAACUGAUUGGUUCCUUGAAGCGGCAGAAAGCUCCAGAGGAGGGGCUUCGUCUGCAGUUCGUUCACGGAUACCGCGGCUUCGACUGUCGUAACAACCUGUUCUACACUCAGACGGGGGAGGUUGUGUUCCAUGUGGCCGCCGUUGCCGUUGUCUACCAUCGGCUACAGCACAGUCAGCGUUUUUACCUCGGGCAUGAUGACGACAUCCUCAGCCUCGCUGUUCACCCUCUUAAAGACUAUGCGGCAUCCGCACAGGUGGGGAGAGACCCGGCCAUCCAUGUCUGGGACAUCCAAACUCUGAAGUGCCUAUCUCUGCUCAGAGGUCACCACAGCAAAGGGGUCUGUGCUCUGGACUUCACAGCGGACGGGAAGAGUUUAGUCUCAGUGGGAAUCGAUGAGUUUCACUGCAUCGUCAUCUGGGACUGGAAGAAAGGAGAGAGGCUGGCUAAGGCCAGGGGUCACAAGGAUAAGAUCUUUGUGGUGAAGAGUAACCCUUUCAGGAUGGACAAACUGGUGACUGUGGGCAUCAAGCACAUCAAGUUCUGGCAGCAUUCAGGAGGCGGUUUGACAUUUAAAAGGGGAAUUUUUGGGAACCUUGGAAAGCAGGAAACGAUGAUGUCAGCAUCUUAUGGCCGAUCAGAGGACAUGGUCUUCUCUGGAGCCACCAAUGGAGAUGUUUACAUCUGGAAAGACACAACGCUUGUGAAGACCAUCAAAGCACAUGACGGCCCCGUCUUUGCAAUGUGCUCCCUGGACAAGGGCUUUGUGACGGGGGGGAAGGAUGGCAUCGUGGAGCUGUGGGACGACCUGUUUGAGCGAUGUUUGAAGACCUACGCCAUCAAGAGGGCCGCUCUCUCCCCGUCCUCCAAAGGCCUUCUCCUUGAGGACAACCCGUCUAUCAGAGCCAUCACUCUGGGUCACGGUCACAUCCUGCUCGGAACCAAGAACGGAGAAAUCCUGGAGAUUGACAAGAGUGGGCCGAUGACGCUGCUGGUUCAGGGUCACAUGGAGGGUGAGGUGUGGGGGCUGGCAGCUCAUCCUUUACUUCCUGUCUGCGCCACCGUCAGUGAUGAUAAGACUCUGAGGAUUUGGGAGCUGUCAGCCAAUCACAGGAUGGUUGCCGUCCGUAAACUUAAGAAAGGUGGGCGCUGCUGCACCUUCUCUCCAGACGGUAAAGCUCUGGCGGUGGGUCUGAACGACGGCAGCUUCAUGGUGGUGAAUGCAGACACGCUGGAGGACAUGGUGACCUUCCAUCACCGCAGGGAGCUCAUUUCAGAUAUCCGUUUCUCCUUAGAUGCAGGGAAAUACUUGGCAGUGGCGUCCCAUGAUUCCUUCGUGGACAUCUACAACAUUUUGACCAGUAAGAGGGUUGGGAUCUGUAAAGGAGCUGGAAGCUACAUCACUCACAUCGACUGGGACUCCAGAGGUAAACUUCUGCAAGUGAACACCGGAGCAAGAGAUCAGCUGUUUUUCGAGGCUCCACGAGGACGAAAACAGAACAUUAGCGUGUCUGAGUUUGAGAAGUUGGACUGGGCCACCUGGACGUCUGUUCUGGGUCCCACCUGUGAAGGAAUCUGGCCCUCAUUCAGCUUUGUGAACGCUGCUUCACUCACCAGAGAUCGCAAAAUUCUCGCCACAGGAGACGACUUUGGUUUUGUCAAACUGUUCAGCUUCCCAUCUCGGGGUCAGUUUGCCAAGUUUAAAAAGUACGUUGGUCACAGCACCAAUGUGACAAAUGUCCGCUGGUCCAAUGAUGAUGCCAUGCUGCUGUCUGUGGGCGGAGCUGACACUGCGCUGAUGAUCUGGACCAGAGAGCCAGCGGGCCACAAGGAGAGCAAAGCUGUGGACAGCGAGGAGUCGGAUGAUGACCCUGAGGAGGAUGGAGGGUACGACAGUGAUGUGGCUCGGGAGAAGGCGGUCGACUAUGUCACAAAAAUCUUCUCAGUGAGCAUUAGGAACAUGUCAGGAACCAAGCCUCACCUACAGCACAGAGAGAUUGCUUUGGAGGAGAGGCUUCCCGUGAGCCGGGCCAUACCGCUACCCGACAAACUACUGAAGGACAACGUAACCAAGAAAAAAAAAGUGGUGGAGGAGCUGCUGCUGGAGCACGUCUUUGGCUAUAGAGGCUUCGACUGUCGCAACAACCUACACUACCUCAAUGAUGGAGCAGACAUCAUCUUCCACACUGCGGCUGCUGUAGUCGUUCAGAACCUGUCCGCUGGAACCCAGAGUUUCUACCUGGAACACACUGAUGACAUUCUCUGUCUGACGGUCAACCAGCACCCAAAGUACCAGAAUAUCAUUGCCACCGGGCAGAUCGGUGACGUCUCAGAUUUCCCAGGCCUUGCUCCAUCCAUCCACGUGUGGGAUGCAAUGACCAAGCAGACUCUUUCCAUUCUACGUUGUUCCCAUGCUAAAGGUGUUGGAUACGUCAACUUUAGUGCAACAGGAAAGCUGCUGCUGUCAGUUGGUGUGGAACCAGAGCACACCAUCACAGUGUGGAGAUGGCAGGAAGGCACUAAGGUGACCAGUAAAGGUGGCCAUGCAGAACGGAUCUUCGUGGUGGAGUUUAGACCCGACUCCGACACUCAGUUUGUAUCUGUGGGAAUCAAACACAUAAAGUUCUGGACACUGGUUGGUGGUUCUCUCAUGUAUAAAAAAGGUGUGAUUGGCUCAGUAGAAGAUGGCCGAAUGCAGACGAUGCUUUCUGUCGCCUUUGGUGCUAACAACUUGACCUUCACCGGUGCAAUAAACGGAGACGUAUACGUGUGGAGGGAACACUUCCUGGUACGGGUAGUGGCUAAAGCGCACAGCGGUCCUGUUUUCACCAUGUACACCACACUGAGGGACGGACUCAUCGUUACAGGAGGGAAGGAAAGGCCGACUAAAGAGGGGGGAGCGGUUAAGCUUUGGGACCAGGAAAUGAAGCGCUGCAGAGCCUUUCAGCUGGAAACGGGUCAGCCAGUAGAGAAUGUCCGAUCUGUCUGCAGAGGGAAGGGUAAAAUUCUGGUGGGAACCAAAGAUGGGGAGAUCAUAGAGGUUGGAGAAAAGAACGCUGCUUCAAACACAAUGAUCAAUGGUCACACAAAGGGAGGGAUCUGGGGUUUAGCAACACACCCUUUCAAAGAUGUCUUCAUCUCUGCCAGUGAUGAUGGGACCAUUCGCAUAUGGGACCUGGCUGACAAGAAACUAUUGAACAAGGUGAGUUUGGGUCACCCUGCCAAGUGUACAUCCUACAGUCCCAACGGGGAGAUGGUUUCCAUCGGCAUGGAGAACGGCGAGUUCAUUGUGCUGUUGGUGAACUCACUCACAGUCUGGGGCAAAAAGAGAGACCGCAGCGUCUCCAUCCAGGACAUCCGGUUCAGUCCAGACAACCGUUUUUUGGCAGUUGGAUCCAUAGAAAGUGCAAUCGAUUUCUAUGACCUCACUCUAGGCCCGUCACUCAAUCGAAUUGGGUACUGUAAGGACAUACCCGGCUUCGUCAUUCACAUUGACUUCUCUGCCGACAGCAAACACAUCCAGGUGUCCACCAGCACCUACACCCGUCAGGUCCAUGAAGUCCCCUCAGGGAAAAUUGUAACAGAGCUGUCUGUCAUUGAAAGGCUCACCUGGGCAACCUGGACCAGCAUCUUUGGUGAUGAAGUUCUGGGUAUUUGGCCUCGGAAUGCUGACAAGGCUGACGUUACCUGUGCUUGUGUUUCCCACGCCGGGCUCAACUUGGUGACUGGAGAUGACUUUGGCCUCAUCAAGCUCUUUGAUUUCCCCUGUCCUGAGAAAUUUGCGAAGCACAAGCGUUACUUCGGUCACUCUGCUCAUGUCACCAACAUUCGUUUCUCCUGUGAUGAUAAAUACGUCAUCAGCGCCGGAGGCAGUGACUGCAGCCUGUUCGUAUGGAAAUGCCAGUGAGGUUUCUGGAACCGUCCUCUUCGUCUGCAUCCUUGUUUCUGCCCUGCUAGGAACAGAAGUCUGACUUCCAGCUGCAGAUCUGGGAUUAGCUAUGCUGUGGAUCCACAUUUCCACACACUUCCUCAGAUUGAAGGAUUGAAAAGUCAUGCCAGCCAGGACUUGUCUUGUACAUUCAGAUGAAAGCAAAGAAAGUGUCAGUGUUUCAGGUUUCUAUCUGUAGUUUGUAGAUGUUUGGAGAAACGUCUGAUCUCCACCACCAUGUAGCUGAGUGAUGUGAUGUGUUUUUGUGUCAGUUUGUGCCUUUUUUUAAUCUCUGACCAAACAUUUGAUACAGCUUAUUUUACUUGUGGUGCUAUAAUCUUUAGGGCUUUUAAAUAUGUUGAUACUGUUGGUGUGUUUCUGUCUGUGAUGAUGAUGAUGAUGAUGACAAUGAUGCAGUUUACUGACCUGAAGGUUAAAAAAAAGAAGAGUAAAAGUAACACAGGAGAUAAACUGUAGAAAAACAUUUUUAAGAUUUCUACCUCUGAACACAAUAAAAAAAAACAUAGUCUGGGUAGAAAAUAGAUGUUUGUUCCAAUAAAACUCCUCUGUUUGUGUAGGUGACGUUUUCAGCCACAGGGUGGUGCUGUUCCCUCUAAAACUAAAUGCUGCCUGAAGAUUUAAAGGGAAAAAAGAGAAACACUUGAAGUUGUUCAUGUGAAAAUGAGACUGAUUUAUAACAGCAGGGUGAAUCUGUCUGUUUUUAACUGUGAAGAAUAAAAUGUCUGAUCCAAACCGCCUCAUGUAGCACCGCUUCAGUCCGGCUCUGUGAGCGGCUCAGAUCCAAUACCUCUUUAAAAGAUGUUCUGAAAGUUAACCUGGAGGAUCAGCUCUUUGGUCCUUAAUGAGUUGUUAAAACUGUAACCUGGAAACCGUUUAAAGAACAAAGAUGUGUUUAUGGUCAAUUUAAAAUCAGCCUGCUGUUCAUCUGUUCACCUUCAUGCUUCCUGAUGAUCCCAGAAGAACUGAAGAAACCAGAAUGGACUAAUAUAGGAACCUUUUAAUUUAGGAUAGAUAGAUGCAAAUCAAUAAACCUG